CCGGCGAGCGCUCGGCGCGAGUGGUCAUACUUUCGUGUGAGAGGGUGCUUACCUUUCGUUUUAUUUUUAUGCCCUGCUCGCAGACGCAAACAUCCACACACGAAUCCGCUACUUUUUUUCAAUAGCUUCAAAAUCGUUAAAACUUCUUAUGAAAAUUCAGUACGCGUAUAACCGGUUGCGUUUUUACGGUUGUACUCCUGACACUGAUAAGUCGAUCUAGAUAAAAACGCAUCGAAAAUCUCUGCGAACAGACUCACGAGACAAAAAUUUGUGUACCAGAAAAACUUCGAAUCAGAAGGAAUCGGGAAAAAUCAAAGUUUUUGUCAUUCAGAUAUUCGCGGUAACGGUCGCGAAAAUAAAUACUUCAUCAGUGAAACAAGCAACAACCGUGAAAAUUUCGUGUGUGUGAAAAACUUGGAAGAACUCUCGUUGCACUCGAGUUUCUGUUGACUCGACUACAAAACUUCGACUCGAACGAUUCCCGUGAGAAUUUCUUUCGCUUCCUUUCGUUGGUUCUCUUUUUUUUCGCUCGUCAGAAACUCCCGGUCAACGUGAAACGAUUCGUAGGGAUACACGGAAACGGAGAGUGACUGUCGCGAACCAAUUUAGAGUCCACCGUAGGCGCUCGCGCGGCAUAACUCAAAUACCCGUAUUGACGCGCUCACAUAAACACACGUGCGCUCGUUUCAGCGAAUUUUUAUUUAAAAAAACAGUGAACGCGGUAUAAAUAUUUCCCGUUGGAUUAAAAAGAGCGCACAUCGACUCGAGCACACGCGAAUUCGAAUUAUUAAAAUUUGCGAAACGGAAGUCCACGACCCAUCGCCCGCGCAUUUGUGCUCCCUAAUUCUCAGCGUUGCUGCUCUACCGUGCUAAAAACUCUAAGCGACAGUGACGAAACGAGAUUAACGGGAAGGAUACGCGUGUACUCGUUUGACAGUUUUAUCCCACCGAACAGAGAGUGAGAAAAGAGACGUCGGGCUGUUCCGGUGGUCGAGUCAUCGUGGAUUUAGCUCUCGGUGGUGAUUUAAGCAAAUUGUUUAUUUUUUAUUUCUAUUUAAAUUUUUUUUUCUUUUUCGUCGACGAACGAUCCGCGGCACGAGAGAGUGGUAAUAUACAGAGGUUCGUGAAAUCCGUGACGGCAAGAGAAGGAAGGAAAGGAGGAGGAAAAAGCAUCACGUACAUACAACGGUCGGGGACGUGAUGUCGAGACAUCAGCAGCGACGGCAGAAUCAGCGCCACCAACACCAUCAGCGACAAGGGAAGCCUCGUGUUCGGUACGAGAAGGUCCGUCGUACUCAGAGAAAGUGAAGCAACGGCCUGUCGAGUACGGUCGUGCGAAUACUGUGGAAGAACGUUGAGGAGAGCUUCGCGAAGCCUUGGCUCUUCUUAUGCACUGCAUACACAUAAACUUAUAUGUGUCGAUAUAAAUAUAGACAUACGCGAAGAUAAAAUAUAUACAAAGAUUACUAGCGCCGCUUACGCCGCUACCGUUACUACACGUAUUCCCGCCAAGUGGCAAAAAAGCCUAAGGCAGUGGCGCCACGAUACGGAGCGCUCGAGAAACACGGACUGCUUACUCGAACAUCGGAAGAUUUCCGACGCUCGACUGUAAACAAAAUGCGGCGACAAUAAAGAGGUUAGGAACGUACAGUGUGGAAAACGAUUUGAAAUCGCGCUCUCUUUCUCCCCAACAAAACGAAUACGUCAUCGUUUCUUCGCGUUUCGAUCGAGAUUGUGCAAUUCCGCGAACGUGUUCGUUCUUUGUUGUAUUUUCCAUCGUUUUGUUUUGUGGUCUCGUCAUUUUUUUCGAUGAGCCAUCGUGUUUGACACCUUCAAAGAGUGGGACAACUAUUAUCCUCCGUUUCCACGCUAGGAUCGUAUACGAAAUAUCAAAGGAGAAAUCAUCGUUCGCACAUUCUUUGGUCAACUUUCAUGGAUUUGCGAUUGUCGUCACUUCCCGAAGAAUCGAACGUUCCGAAAUAUUCUCGGAUAUUCCCUCAUCGAGAAUCCCUGAAUUUCGUUUUCCUUUUGUGUCCACCUUCUCGUUCCUCGCUCUCAUUUUCUCAACGUUCCUGCUUUCAACCCCGGCGAGCAUAAAAUCCUUCGUAGCUAGAAAAUACCCGCAGAACCCUGAUCGUUUUGUUGGUUCACCGCGUUACCGCAAGACUCAUUGCGAAUCCGCUGUCUUGUUUCUCGCAUUCUCCCAUUUUAUCUUUUUCCUCUAUUUUUUCUUUUUCACAUUUUCUCAUAUUUUGCACCGCGAAUUUGCGGAUUUCUCGGAGAUCCCUUGACACAACAAUUCCAACUCAUCCCGAGAAUGAAGAAAAUCUAGAAAAGCCGCAAAAACUCGUUGUUUUUCGUGCCUUCCACGUGAGCAGGCUCGCUCGCUCGGCCUCGAGAAUCGACGAGGAAUCCAGAGAUGCGUGAAUAAUUGUCUCGGGAGCUUUCGACGUAGCAACGGAAAGAGAAUAAAGCGUGGCUCCGCCGAACCCUAUGAACUUCGUGACAAAAGGUUCGCUGCUAUUCAGCAAGUUGUAAUUUAACCAGCAGAAUAAAUAAUAAAAAUAAAAUAAAAAGAGUUUAAGAAAAACCGAAUGACGUGCCCGCGCGCGCCGAGAAACGGUACAUUACCUGGGACAUUUGGGGCUGCGGAUUGCUGUCUAGUAUUCAAUAAGGCACUGCAUAAUCGACUGGAUCGCGCUGUCAUCGUCGUGGACGAUUAAACGGGGACGUCUCCUCUUGUAUUUAUCUGAAUGGGUGCUUGAAAAUAAUUACAAAGCGGCGACAGGCUUCGCACUCGCACAUAAAACUUCGUCGGGUUGAUUGCCCGUGCUGCUCGUGGCGUUGUCGUCGUCGGAUCUCUCACGUACUAGGAAAUCGCGCCCACCAAUACGCGCAAGAGUCGCGGAACACCCAGGUGUGUCGCUCCGCGGUGACUGAAGAGCGAAUCGGCAAGAGACGAGCCAAUAGGGAUCGAAUGAAAGUUACUGGCGGGCUUGUUCCGCCGACAGUGCGUGCGCAAGCGUUGUACGGUACACAUCGCCGCGCGGCAAGUGCGUUUGUCUAAUUUUUACGGCUCAUUUAUUUUCGUCGUUGAUCAAACGUAGACACUUUUUAUUAUCGAAACGGUUUGAAAACUGCGUGGCGAUUUGAACAAGUGAUUCCGAGCGAGAAGUGUCGCUCGAGUUAAAUAUUCCCACGGUUAUUAAUACAAUCGUGACAUUGUGACAGUGCUGCGCGGAUGUGCGUGAACGAAUUAUUCGUUUCUUCGAAUUUACUGUUUGUUGUUUUGUUUGCUUUUUCCUUGUUUUAUACUUCUCGGAUUUCACACCCGCUUCGUCAUGAUAAUGUGCGCUGAUUCCAACGAUACCUGACAAACGAGGAAAAUCCGAAUUUCUCAUCAGACGAAUCUCAUCAUCCCGUGGGCUUCUUGGAUGAUGACAAACGUAAACAGGAUCAGGGUGGUCGUCCUCGGCGGCCCCAGAGUCGGCAAGUCUGCUGUCGUCGUGCGGUAUCUUACGAGACGCUACAUCGGGGAAUACAGUUCGACCAGCGAUUUUCUUUACCGUCACAGUGUAACAAUUGACAAUGUUACGACCGAAGUCGAGAUAUUGGACACUUCCAGGUGCGAGGAAAACGGCUGUUUGUACUCUCACAUCCGGUGGGGCGAAGCCUUCGUAAUAGUGUACAGCGUCACGUGCAAACGGAGCUUCCAAGAGGCGAGAGGCUUGCUGAAGCAACUAGCGGAUCUUCGAUUGCCGUCGUACUUCACUGCACUUUUACUCGGCAACAAAAGGGACCUCGACCACGCACGAGAAGUUUGCGUCGACGAGGGUCAGCAGUUGUCGUUGGCCCACGGAUGUCAGUUUUACGAAGUGAGUGCGGCAGAGAGUCCCGCCGGAGCGGCCCUAGCCUUCCAGGCGCUGCUGAGGGAAGCGCGGUCCGUUCAGCUCCUCCGAGCACUGCCGAUCCGUCGGAAAUUAGGUGUACAUUCGGUCUCGCGUGUGCUCGGUACGAUAUUCGGGAAGAACACGACUAAGGAUAGGAAGAGGCCAUCGUUGAGUAUAUGACAUCUCCUGUGCGCCCUCCUCUUCGGAGGACGUGACGAACCCGGUAGAAGAAAGGACGUCGUUGUACUGAGCAGUACGGUUUACAUCAAUCGUUGAAGGAAAUAUCAUGAAAUAUUCGGCGUUGAAAAAAAAAAACACGAUAAUCGAGACGUUCUGCUUGGGUUUAUCGAAAGUGAAAAUGACAUCGGGCUAAUGCUUAAAAUCCUAAGCGAAAUUAAACGAGGACGCAUUUCGUAACGAGGAUGGAUACGAGACCAGUGCGUUCGUCACGCUCGGAAGAAAAGCUUCUUGCCCCGUGGAACAGAGCGAAAGAGAAAAAAGAACGAAAAUAUUGAGCAAUCUGAAGAUGAGCGAGGAAUAAUUGCCAAAUUUUCAUUUCGAUUAUAACACCUCUCUCCUGUUUUACGGGAUUGAAGUUACUGUGAUGCGCCACUUUGAGAUUAGCUAUGAUUCGAUGAAGAGGCUGGGGGUCGCGCACGGGAUAUAUUUUUUAAUAGAAACAUGUCUAAUGAUGAUACGUAACGAGUUGCCAUUUUACGUACGUAUGUCCAAGUAUACGUAAACGUACAUCCGAGGCCAUCGUCGUUCCAUUUUUUUUUUCAUCAAUACCCGAACGAUCGGUUUGUGCGAGAGACGAAUGAAUGUGCAUAGAGCGAGCGACAGUGAGAUUGUGUUUAGGAAAUAUGGGGCGUGCGUGUUUCUGCUCGAAAGUAUGAGUUCGUGUACGAAAAAUAUUCUUAAAUUCACUUUAUAUUCGUUUAUAGAAUCAAAGAUCAUAAAUCGUUGAAAAAGAUAUAAUUUUCACAUUUUUUCUUUCAACAAUUCGUCUCAACGAACGAUCGAAAGAUAUUUUUAUUAGGAAUUCAGAGAUUUUCACACUCUUUACAAGUCGUUCUCGGGGCGUUUCUUUACGUUGAUUUUUAAGGCCGUAGAUCACGGUGCGUGCGCCGUACGAGGGUGUUUUUUCAUUAUUUUGUUUCGAGCAAAUGAUUAAUGACAUUUUUUAAAUUAAUGCUCAUAUUCAGGCUAUGGAUGUGGAAGACUAUUCACAUUUUUGUACUUGAAUCUAAAGUACAGUUCGCGGUAUGAGCCGCUUCGUGGUAUGAGCACAUGAAAAUAUGGUGAACGAACGAAUUUUAUUUCUGAUUCUCGUGGAAAAUUUUAAUUUUAACGAAUGCAUUUAUCAGAAAAUUGAUUAAAAGUUACAAAAUAUUUUCCACCGUGGUCUGAGGCCUCAAACUCACCGGGAUCUAAAAUUUAUGUGAUACGCGCAACAGCCCCUCGAAGUCGUCCGGCUCUCGUCUUUUUUUGCUUUUUACGUCGCUCCUCAUAUUCGUGAAUUUGCAAAUGGUAUACUCGCGUUUAACAAUUUAUAAAAAUCCCUGGGCAAGACCAUUUUAAAUCUGUGAUAAAACGGCUCUUUUUUCUUCUUCUUCGCCACUUUGUCGCGUUUAUUUUUGAGGAAGUAAUUGUUUUGUUUUUUUAAAAGGAUUUCUUGGGUGUAUUUCGAUUUCGAAAAGUAUGUCGGGAGCAUCUGUCUAACGAGAUUGGAAAUAAGUUUUGAAACAUAGAAUCCUUUUUGCCCUUACUUAAAAUCAAAGUUUGCAUUUCAUUAUUAAUUCGCAGAUCGGAACGUGUAUCCUUGUACUGUGCAUUGAAGAGUCUAUUUUUGUUGCCUUUUUUCUCGUUUCACGCAGCCCCACGGUUCCUACGUUUAAAGCGGUUAGCUGUUCUGUAAAAUUGUUUGAACAGAUUGUAUGCAUGUACGAUGAGUUUUGUGGUCACUGCGAUUCUUGAUUGACGAUUAUAUAAGCUAAAUGUUAUGAAGAUAAUAAUAAUAUUUUAUUAUAAAUAAUUGCAAUCGCAACGAAAAUGCAACUCGCAAAUACUUCGAGAAUAAACGAUAUUUUCGUUGUGCGGAGAAACUCGUUUUUUAAAGUACAAGCACUUACGAAUUAAUAUUAUUGAAGUAACAAUAAUAACGAACUCAUUUCACCUGGAGACGGACGAUUUUUUUUUCCCGCUUAUAAAUACGUUUUACGAAAUAUAUGAAGAGCAAGACGCCGGAGAAUGAUUUUAUUUCGAAAAUAAAUCUGAUCCACCACUCGUGCAAAAUCGAUUUAAUCGAGGGAAUUAAACGGAGAUUCUGUGAGCGUUUUGUUUUUGACGAAGGCUAGACCUAUCGAUUUCUGUCAAUUUUAUUAUUAUUGAUUUUUUUUUUAGUGUUUCUUUUUCUCAUCAGACUCUUGUUAUUUUUAUACGAUAUAAUGCUCAUGGCUUUACUUGCUAUAAUUUAUUAGAAUUCGGUCUUAAUUUGAUUAAUUCGAUGUACACGUUCAGCAUCAUUCCUUCGUUCCUAUUUGUUAGUGAAAUAAUUAUUAGGUGUUGUUUUGUAAUUCAAUAAGCAAGGUUCUCUAAAAAAUUUCUGAAUUUUGGUUUUGAGUAUUUGUGAAAAAUGAUCUUGAAGCACGAAAAUUCGUACGCCUACCCUAAAUAAAUAGCGCAGAAUCUCCGAGCGUUCCGUCGAGAUCUCAGUAACAAAAGCCACGCGGUAUCUUCGUCAGUAAUAAUGUUCCUAUAGAAAAGAUUGAACAGCAGUUUGUAAUGAGUACUUUGGUUUCGAAAGUCGUUUCAAUUCCUCUGAAAUUGACGUUUCUUAAAUAAAUACGAAUAAUUAAGUGAUAAUCAAAAGAGCAACAUCCUGUUUUUACCCAAAAACAUAAUAGUUGUAUGGAGGAAACAUUCAGGACACAUCGAGCCUGUGAUUGUUAUCACAAAUUUCUGCAAUAUAAAACUUCGACAACUUUCGAAACGAAAAUGCUGAAGAAAAUAAAUAAUAAAAACGAACGAAUUAUAAUAAUAGUGUUAAUCGUUAAGUUACUAAAUUUCUUCGAUAUUUUAGUUUUACCAUUGAAAUGAGUAUAUUUUAUGGAAAAUAUUUCCAUUUUUUUUCAGUUGCCCGGCUUACCGUAUGUUCGAGUGUAACAGAAUGAAACAAUACGUCUGUAAAUACAGUGAAUCAGUGUGAUUUUAUGAAUCGAUGAGGAAUGUUGAAAAAAUGGACGAUACUCUCGUCGUGACUGAUAUAAUUGACAAUGUUCAACGUUACGGAAGGCGAGGGAAUGCGGAGUAAAAUCGUAGCUCCUCUGUGCCUUGUUCAAUUGAUUAUACAAUUAUACAUUCCAAAAGCAAUGUGAAUUUUUCGGUAUACGUGUGUGCUAGUGUGUACGAAUGCUUGGAGAAAAGAAAAGAAGAAAAAAUAAGCAGACAAAUUACGAGAAAAUGUGCAGGAAAGCUCUCGACACUUGUACGAAUUCCGACGAAGAUGAAUUAUAAUUUUUAAGUGCUAGUCACUUGUUAUCCUCGAUUGAAGAAUAAAAUUUUAUGUUAAAUGUGAA